GUCUUGGCAAUUCCUACCCGGGUUACUUGAUGAAAAUCCGAUUCGGAGACUAACCAGUGUUACAUUUCGGGUCCGGACUGAAUCCGGCUGGCCAGAUCUGAAUUGGGAUGAAAUUUCUACUCGAGUACUUAUGAAUUUUCAUGAUUUUCUGAUUAGUUAAGGAUAUUUGUAUAGAUAUUCAAUUCGAUAUGUUCAAAAAAGUAUAUGUGUGUAUAAAGUAUUAGUGUUCCAGCACCUUGACGUACUUUAUUGAUUUUUUAAAAGGCAUGGUGGGUUGCUUUGUGCGCAUAUUUCGAUCAGAAGCAAACGCGAACACCCGGUGAUAUUAGGACGACGGACAACGAUUGACGAUCGACGACGGAGCUGUGUUUCUUAACGCGUCUGUCGUCUUAUUCCUAAAUAAAAUAAUUAUAAUAACUAUAAUAGUAAAUUUAAAUAAACAUUUCGAGAAAUGUACUAUCUGUUGAAAUUCAAAAUAGGUGGUAAAUCGAAGUGUGAAUAAAGAAAAUAUAAUUUUUAUUUAUUUCCAAUUUUUUUGACUAGUGAUAUUGAAAAAAUAAUAAAAAAAAUAAAGGAAAAUAUGUGAAACAACGAUUUAAAAUUAUUUAUAGAAAAAAUAAUUUUGUUUAUCAAUAUUAGUUUUAUAACGAAUAGUGAUAUGUAUUAAUUAUUAUUACUAUAAAUAAAAAACAAAUAUAUUAUUCUAAAAAGAAAGCUCGUAGUAUCCAUGGAUUCAUUAAUUGAAUGUAUACUAACUCAUAAAAGUGCAUUAUUGAAUAGCAAGUUUUUUAUAUAUAUAUAGGAAGUUAUCGUGUUGACCUAGCAGCAUCUUAAUCAACUGCUUAUCAGGCGAUUUCUGUGCACGGUGAUCUGGAUUUCUCAGGGUUGUUACUUUUUAUCUACCCUAUUUUCACCCACCCUUGCGAUAAUAUACUAUAGCAUUACCGAGCGUCUCAAAUAAUGUUAUCAUCGACUACUGGGUUAAAGCCCAUGUGAUGAAUCAUUUCGGAAUCAAAUAAAAAUUAAAAUUCAGUUAACCUUUCGGUAGACCAGUGGAUUAUUAUUUCAAUCGUCACCCACGCAUGAAAGAAUAGGCUUUUGCGUUUGCGUCAUCAGUUAUCAUCAUCAUCAUCGUUAUUAUAAUCAUCUGAAAAAAAGUAAUAUGAUUCUGAUAUAAUAACUAAUAUCAAGUCAGUACAGUAAUAGGAAGAUUGAACAAAAAAAAUAUUCAGGGUUUUCAAACCCUCAGUGUGACUUUUAAGUGGAUAAAACAAUAAUCCAGUCGUUGCUUUAUCAAUCACUAAAUAAGAAGAAAAUAAAACAGAAAUAUUUUUGGAGACACAAUUAUAACAUCCAACUUGUUCUGAAAUUUGAGUAUUCUGUGUCAAGAGACCCCGGCAAACGGGGGUUUAAACAAUCGUCACGGCAGAUGUCAGGAUGCCGGAACAAAGUAACGACUAUCGUGUCGUUGUUUUUGGAGCUGGCGGUGUUGGAAAAAGUUCACUUGUAUUAAGAUUUGUGAAAGGAACAUUCAGAGAAUCAUAUAUACCAACAAUUGAGGACACUUAUCGACAGGUUGGCAACAAGUGUGAUGAGAGUCCCUCGAUACGUGAAGUGACAAUGAGUGAAGGUGCAUCUGAAGCUGCAAAUUGGGGCUGUGGAUUUCUUGAGACAUCAGCAAAAACAAACCACAAUGUUAAUGAACUAUUUCGAGAUCUCUUGACUCUUGAGAAAAAUCGUUCAGUAUCAUUACAGCCUGUUCAAAGUAACAGUGCAAUUAGCCUUAAGGAAAAAUGUACCAUGAUGUAAAAAAAAAAAGUUUUCAUUUUUUAUACAGAGGCGUACGAAAAGUAAAACCGUUUGUUUUUUUUUUUCUGAGUGUGAAUAGUGAGAAUAAUGAUAGUAGUAAUAAUAGAAUUUUUUUUUUUUUAUCGGCUGAUGCACUAUCGAACUUUUUUUUAUCAUUUCACGCACAAAAUAAUUAGUAUUUGAAGCCAGAACUGGGGAUCCGUUCAGAAACGCCGAUUUCUAAAAGAACCCCUGUAAAAAAUCAGUGAUUCUCAAUUUCCCACUGCCGAUCCCUGUAAUCUUUUCAGGAACUAGGCAUUUUUUGAACUUGUAUUCAAAAUUAUCAAAAAAAAUCGUACUUAUGUAUUUUUUUUUUUUUUUUGGGAAUCACCCGAUACAGUUAAAAAAAUUUUUAUUACUUAUAGGGAAUAAAAAAAAAA